AUGAUUUCAGCGGCGCCCAUAUCAAGUCCGAAGCCAACAGUGGUAUUAGGGUUACCAACCAAACAGCCCGCGCCUGCCUUUACAUUCACCACUUGGGAUGAAAACGGAUUGAUUUGCAUUUUAGCCAAAAUCGAGGCUUCAUUUACCAUAACCUAUGAUAUCGAAGGAGGGACACAGGUAUUGAUUGACAGAAUCCCAAUCGACGCGACGAGUAAAGGCAGAUGCGAUUACCUAUUGGACGAAAAGCCGGUUUUGGAUGUUUCAUGGAUUGGAGGCUUUACUUUUAGAAUGAUUUUUGAAAAGGUUGGAGAACUUAAUUGGGGAAUAAAUUCAAUUGAUUUGUUGUACAAUACGGCUGAUUCGCUAUUUCGGGGCUCAACCAAAGGUGGCAAAAAAGUUGCUCGUUCUGUGGAGGGAAGCCUCGGUAUGUUCACUACACAACUCGGCAAAUCAUAUCUGUGUCCCUCACCGCCAGUCAUCAAUCUAUUUGAGUCUAAAACGGGAAAACAAACGGUUGUCUUGCGUUUGACAAACAUUCAAAUACAGGCGUUUCAAAUAGAGUCUGGAAAAUUUGCACCAAUGGUUAGAUGCAGUUCUGUUGGCUUUGGUUCUGGAGUUCAGGCGUUUCCGCCCAUCCGUUUCAGUCUAGAACAGGACGAUUCCGUUCCCGUUAUCGUCGGAAGCAUUACAAUCAUGGUAUCCAUUCUAGUGGUGGUCGGGUAUGCAGUCUAUAGGUCUUGGUUUGUCAGACGAGUUGAUUACGACACUAUGGGCUAAAUAUUUCAAUCAUUUCAUAUAACAUUCCGAUAGCUUGUGAGCUAAUACUGCCUUCUUUUGUCUUCCAUUAUGUCUGACAUUAAGUUAUCUAUGGAUUCAUUCGACUAUCAAUAUUAUAUAACUAUAAUUAGGACACAAAACAUAUUUCCUGUCUUGUCUUCCAAUCAAUAGAUUUGAGUGAUAUUUAUAUUGAUUUUAUUUA